GUUAGCCUCACUUCGCAGCAGAGUCUGAAAUAAUGGCGAGCAUGACUUCUCUCCAUAGCUCGUUUACAUCUCUUUCGAUAUCCAACGACUCCUCCUUCCUCGGCCAACGUCUCCUUUCCCCGAUUUCCCUCUCCCUCGCUUCUCCAGUCAAGCUCGCCCAAAACCCAUGUCUUGUUUUCGCAAAGCUUAAGCGUUGGGAGCGGAAGAAAUGCAAGCCAAACAGUCUCCCAAUUCUGCACAAAAUGCAUGUCAAAUUUGGAGAUACUGUCAAAGUAAUAUCUGGACGAGACAAGGGUAAGAUUGGGGAAGUCACCAAGAUCUUUACCCACAACAGUACCAUUGUCAUCAAAGAUGUCAACCUCAAGACCAAACACAUGAAGAGCCGAGAAGAGGGAGAGCCUGGUCAAAUUCUUAAGAUUGAAGCACCAAUCCACAGCUCAAAUGUGAUGUUGUAUUCGAAAGAAAAGGAGGUGGUAAGCCGGGUGGGUCACAAGGUCCUUGAAGAUGGACAGAAGGUAAGAUAUCUGAUCAAAACAGGGGAGCUUAUCGACACCAUUGAGAAGUGGAAGCAACUCAAGGAGGCAAAGGAUAAAGAAACCACCCAAGUUGCAGUUUCUGCUGCUUCUUAGCAACUUCAGUAUGUCUCAUGGAUGUAUUAAAUCCCUUUUCUACUACAUAAACACUUUUUUGAUUAACUAAGUUUAUAAUGAUCCUUAAAUAUGUGCUUUAUUCAAAAGAAUACAAUCUUCA